AAGUGAAAGUAUAAAGGCACUAGCAUCAUACAUUUCCGAGCUUAACACAACAACCGGUUCAAAAUGGAAAAGUACGAGCACGGAGUGUUUUUUAAGACAAAAAAUCUUUCAGAUACUGAACUUAAACAUAUACAUAAAUACUUUCAAAUCAAGAGACGGUCUGGAGGGGGUGACUGUGAAAUCCUAAAAGUAGAUGCCAACAAAUACAAGAUAUGUUUUAGGGAGAAAGAAGCCCAGGAAAGAGUUCUGAGACGGGAAGAUCAUGUCAUCAAUUUACCUGGGCAAGACAGUAUUUGUGUUUCUUUAAGCUGUGACAAUGUUGCUGAAAGCAAUAAACAGCCUCAAGCAUCUGGUCAACAGGCAUCUGCUAGUGUUAAACAAACAAAGAAGGUUUUUAAGUUGGAGCCUUAUCUGCUACGUUACCUCAGUGAGUGUACACUGGCAAAUUCAAUCUUGGAGAAACGUUUGUCUCUGCUCUCCAGCACCUUCCAGAUUGACAUAGAGUCUGAAGAGUUAGUGGUGGUAACGGACUCAACUAAAGAUGGCUAUUCACUAAAGAAAUUGCAUUUUGCAAUUGAGGAAGUGGUAACGCAAAUACAGAAGAGCUAUAUCCUCCACUUUGAGGUUGAGAGAGACAGACUUGCAGUUCUGCAAGAAAAUUCUUUCCUUUCCAAUGAACACAUAAAAAUCUUUCAUGAAGGAACCUUAGCUGUUGUGGUUGGAGAGCGUGAACAAGUAGACAAGAUUACAAAGUAUGUUGAUGCCUUGCAGGCCAAACAGAUGGAUCAGAGAGUGUGUCACAUAUCUGAGAAAAAAUAUGAUCUAGUGAAAGAACAGUUUGAACAGAACAGGAAAUCUAAUUUUCCUAAUGUUAAGAUCAACCAAGAUAGGCCAGGCAUUUUGAUUUUGAAAGGUUCAGAGAAUGAGGUCCAUGCAGGUGAAAAGGAGCUUUUGAAUUUAGUGAGCGAGAUCAAAGAUAAAAGGAUCCCAUUGCAUAACACUCUUCUUACAUUCUUGGAAUCAAGUGGUGUUGUACAGCAUUUCCAAAGACGAUUUCAGCAUAGCCUCCGCAGCCCAGUUAUGCUUGAGAAUGCAGGUUCAGAUCUCCUUUUGUUGAGUCUUUCUAAUGAAGCACUAUUGGAGGCUGCUGCUGCAGUGCAGAGAGACCUGCGCUUUGAAACUAUGAGCUUGGAAAACACUGAAGGACAAUCACCUCAAUUUAUUAAACUGAAGGAGGCUUUGAGCAAAGCCAUCCAGCAGGCCAAUCAACAAGGUGUUAAAGUGAAUGUUGACUAUCAGCAUAGAACAGAUUCAACUGGCCCUAGAAUCAAUAUAGAUAUUGUGGGCGACACUACUGAAGUUUGUAGGCUGAAAGACAUUGUAUUAGAAUACAAAAGAAACCAAGAGAAUACUGUUCAAACUGUACUUCUUCCCAUGCAAGAGAUGGCAGAAGACUUCUCUGAGAUUUUGUCAUUAGUUGACUUGAAGAACAGUACAGUUGAAAUAAAUCCAACAUGUUUACCUUCCCCAUGUGUCCACCUCAUAGGACCUCAUUGUGAAGUCGACAGUUUGAAGAAAAAGCUUGAGACAGCUCUUAAGAGACUUGUCAUUAAACGAUACAAAGUGGAGGGCCCUGGAGCCCAACAGUUUUUUAAAGGUGAUGACAAGAAGACUUUGCAGUUAGUAAAGAAUAGUUUUAGGGUACAAAUUGUGCUCAGUGAUGAGACACAAAGAAUUGAUAAUGUGCCCAAUGACACAAGCUGUGUCAGUCUCCAGAAUCUACCAAAUACUCCACAAUCAAUGCAGACAGAUGACAAGGACAUCAACAUUAAAGUUGUGGUUGGUUGUCUUGAGGAACAGCAGGCUGAUGUGUUUGUUGCUCCGAUGAUAAAAACAAACUUGACUUCAACCGCGAUCGGCUCAUGCUUGUUGCGUAAAGGAGGACAACAGUUUCAGAGUAAUUUCAACAAUGCUAAGGGACAGCUUUCACUUACGCCUGGAGAUGUGCUGGAGGUCAAAGGGACACCAACGUUAGAAUGUUCCAAGGUUUUCUUCAUAGAAUGUCUGCCCAAAGGUGAACAAAAGGACAAGAGUGAUGAAGCACUACGUAGUGGACUGCGCAAAGUUUUUGCACUAUGUGAGCAGCAGUCCUUGGGUUCUGUUGCAUUACCAAUAAUUGGACCUGGUUUGGCAAUGUCAAUACCUGUCAAAGAUGCUGUUAAUAUUCUCAACAGUCAGAUGAUCAGAUUUUUAUCUGGAUCCACUGGCUCUCUCCACACCAUCAGCAUCAUCAUUAUGCCUGAUAAUGUUAAUUCUGAAGAGAUGUUCCAAACGAUCUGUGGGGAUCUAAGUGUAAAAAUGGUGGAUGACACAGGGCAAGCUCUUUUUUCAUUGACCUCUGACCUCGAUGAGAUCGUUGUUGCAAUAGCUGGGAUUCAACUCCAUAUAGUGUUUGGUGACAUCUCCAAUGAGACAACUGAUGUCAUUGUCAACACUACUGACUUUACAGACCUCCAGACAGGAGUGUGUCAGGACAUUCUCACUAAGGCAGGAUCAGAAAUCUUGGUUCAAGUGAAAGGGGCUCAGGUACAGCGUGGACAAAUCUUUAAGACCCAACCAGGAGGCUUCCCAUGUAAGCAGAUCAUGCAUGUAUGUGGAGAGAGGGAUGCCAAUGUAAUCAAGACCUUGGCAAAAGAAAUAGUGAUUCAAUGUGAACAUGGCCACUACCAGUCAGUGGCCAUACCAGCUAUAUGCACUGGAAAAGGAGCUAUGGACCCAACAGAGGUGGCCAAGUCCAUUCUACAGGGAGUAAAGGAUGGUGUUCAAGGAGCAAAUCUUCAAUAUCUCAAAAAUAUUCGCAUCAUUCUGCUAAAAAUCAACAUUUUCCUGGCAUUCAAAGCAACGGCACAAAACAUCUUUGGCAUUCAUACGCAGUUUUCAGUUCCUGGACCUCUUGUACCCACCCUAACAACCACCAGAGGGCGCAGCCCAACCAAUAGACCGAGCCGAUCACAGUCUUUACCUAUACAGAUCAACCGUAAUUUGCUUUUGUCUUUGCCGGUCAGACAGGACAAGGCUGAGUUUCUAGUCAUUGGACACAGCACUGUUGACGUGUCAAAUGCCUGCAGAGAGCUUCAGCAUGCAUAUGAGAAACAGUGUUCUUCCCAGUCUUUCUGCUCUGAAGACAUUGAUUGUCUCAGUGAUGGUGAGGUGGACCAGCUGUGCUCCAAAGUCAAGUCACUGCACCUGCAGAUGCAAAACACCAGCUCAAAAGAAUGGGUAGUGUUUGGCCUGAAGGAUGGAGUAAAUGAGGUGGUUGGUCAGCUACAAUGUGGACUUCGCAAACAGGUGAUAAAAAGAGACCGGGAAAGCCUUUAUACCAAAGUCACAUGGUGCAUUCUGGGACCAAGGGGCUUUUGGGAGAAGGUAUCAAAAGAGAUGAAUCAUAAGCUUGAAAAAGGUGAUGUGAAAGAUGGAAUUGUGGAUGCACACGGUGUAAAAUGGACUGUGGAUUUGAGAAAGAUGGUUGCCACAGCAUGUGGAACAGGAAAGAAGACCAGUCUUAAACGACUAGAGAAUUGUUCAGAUGCCGUUUUAAAAUGGCCAAGGAAGCUGAUGUCAGAAAACCCAUCAACAGUAGAAUCUGCGAGCUAAGACACCAGGUGAAGAGCAAAAGCAUGGUUAUAUAAGUUGUUUAAAUCAGUGAAGAACCAAGAUGGACUCCUAACCAGGAUAACGGACUGUUCUUUUGGCAAUUUAUUUAUUUGCUUUUCCACGGUUCCCAAAGUUUUUUGAAAGUUGGUUUAUUAUUUAUUUAUUCAUUAUUUUCUGUGCAUUUUGUUUAUAGAUAUUGUCUUUAUAUUGUAUAAAGGCACUGCUGAAAGUUUGAAAUGGACAUUGGUAAUUUAAGUUGCGUUAAUUCAUAUUUUGUAUAUUUUUUGUUUAAUGGCACUCUUUUAAAAUGUAGUUUAUGUAAAUGCAAUGCAACACAUUUAUGUAAUGUAAUGUAAAGCCAAUCACAUUUCCUUUGACUGACCAUAUGCAAAAACUCUUGUGGUUUUAAUAGGCCUAUAUAACUCUGUACCUCAAAUUGGGUUUAGUAUCUGUGCCUGGUUAAAAGGAAAUAAAGGUGGCUUUUGAUAGAUUACCCAUCACUCUGUCUUAAUAUGUGGUGUAAAUGUUUGUAUAUUGCAGGUUGCAUAUUUAAGUAUUUAUAUAUUUUACAUGUUUCAUGUACAUAUACUGUAUAUAUCCCCAUAUAUGUUAAUGAAUUGUAUGUGCAUGUUCUCAGUAUGUGUACAUAUAUUAUAUGUACACAUAUUGUGCAUACAUUUACAAUAUAUAUAUUUCCAUCUAAUUUUUCAUAUAUGUAAAAUGUAUUCCACAACAUUUCGAACACGAAUUGGUGCAAAUUGACACUUCAAAACUUCUUGAAAAAAGUGUGUUUUUUCCUGCAAGCUUUGGAGUCAUAAACAUAGUAGAACAUCUAAGGAACACUAAUCUACUGAUUGGACACUUUAGUUUCUUAGCAUGUUUUUAUACAGUUUCGAAAUGUUAUCUCUCUCCCAGAAUUUGUCACUACCGAAACACAACAACAUUUGAUAUAAAAAUUAGGUUUUUAAUAGCCUAUUCUGAUUUUCUUUACAUUAACCUUCUAAAUAUAUAUAUAUUUUAUAUUUUAAAGACAGUGUCAUGGUUAUAUUGAUUAGAAAUAUUAUUUUAACAAAACUAUAAGAGUGGUUCAUCAAAUUAAAUGCAUUUUGAAGGCAAUAUUUCUCUGUAAUUGCCAUACAUGCACUUAAACAGUUUUCAAAUUCAAGAAUUCAUUAGUUUAAGUUUUUAUCUAACUAAAUAAAAUUAUGUCAUCUUUUCUGAUAACAAAACCUAUUUUAUUUUUCCAGAACAUUAUUUGUUUCGGUCGUGACAUCAAAUGUUCGGUAGUGACAACCAUAUAGACCCCUUGCACGUGACGUCACGCUCUACUCGCGCGAAUUAUGGACGCCAUGACGGACGGCGGAAGUGCUAUGUUGUAGACGGACGGCAAGCCGAACAAGUACUUGUUUGUGUUCGUUAGGGUCAUAAAAUGGUUAUUUCGUGUUGCUAUGAUGCACCUACCAUUACAGAAAAGUGUCAUAAAUACAUUAUUUUUACAUGAAUGUUAUUGUUUAAUGCUGCAGUGACACCAUAAAUUUCAUAGCUGCAAACUCUCAAGCAUUCACCGUGAGACCCACGCAAUUGACCCCAUUCUCACGCCACACAUCCAUUUUCACGAUGUAAGUAGCUAAACCAGUGCUCGCAGUACUGACACUUUUAUAUUUUAGCGUACCUUCACUGUCUUUUGCGGCCACCACUUCUCAUGUUGCUGGUACUUUGCUGCAAAGAGUCAAAGAGCAUUUCACUUUAUGUGGCGCUGCGCAGGAAGUUCGGCAGCGAGGACAUCAGAGUACCGCAAGAGCAAGUCGAAAUGUUACAAAAGGGUCCGCCUUUACCUUUGCUCUCGCGUUACUCUGAUGUCAUACGCCGAUCAGUCAGCUCCGCACCAGUCAAACACACAAAGCGUCAAGGUCUGGAUGAAAAGCAGAGACCUGCGUGAUGUUUGCGGUGACAGGUUUUAAUAAAAGAGGAAAAAGUCAAUUGAUAUUUGACAUCUAUAAACAAUAAUAUAUACGAAAUAUAAUUAUGGUCUUGACAUACACAUUAUCUGUUGCUUUAGUUUAAUAUGAACUACUCAUUUGGUUUAUUUGAUUGGUGAUAGAGGGACUGUCACAAUCACGAAUCAUCACUUUACGCUUCUCUUUCUCAGUGGAUAAACUGAAUCAAAGCUGCUGUUAUCUGCAGUUAUACAUUUUACAGAGACCAGUAGCCUAUUCAUUAGAUUUUAACUGAACUUUUUUGGCACUUUUAUCAGAAGGAAAGCAUAAUAGAAGUGUAUAAAAUAAUAGUAAAGACUCUAAUCUCAGGCAUUUAAACUCAGUAAAAGCUUUUAUUUCAAUUUAAUUUCUAAAAUAUGAUUCGAUUUGUAUUGUGAACCAUUUUAACACAGUCUUUUCCAACUAUUUAACACAGAAAUAGCUAAAAUCCACACUAUUAUCAAUUGGCAAAUGGUUAGGACUUAUAUAAAAAAUUAUUACCACAAACCCAAACCCCCCCCCCCCAAAAAAAAACUCACUCCAAGCUGAACUCAGAAGUUGGCAGCUCUGCAGACUUUUAAAAGCAUUUAGAUCAGCACCAGUGUAUGGGGAUAUCCCGUUUACCACAUAGUGGUACAAAUCAUGCGGGCUGAAGUCGGGCAGACUCGGCGUUUAAUGAGGUCCGUGAAAAUUGAAGGAGGAAGAAGGUAAGGGUCGGUAUCCAGUCCCGCUAUCUCUAACUUCUCUAAAUAGCGCUUUUUGUGAGGACCUACCAAAUGCCCUACCUCGACCGAUAACGGCAAAACAACUUCCUUAAUAUAAGAAGCAAUGUAUUUUAGUGUAAUAUAUAUUUAAACUGUUUAAAACUAAUCAAAAAUCCCGCUCGUCUAUUACUAAUCAACCUAGUGCGUCAGUGAUUUUGCCGUCCAGCAUGGCGUCGUCACGUGGUCUAGGUCACGUGUUUGCAAAGGGUCUAUUGGAUUGUCCAUAUUUUGUGUAAAAAAAGUAAUUAGUUAGUCAAAAAUGGUUGGCAUUAUGCAGUCAAAACAUACAGCACAAAGAAUAUCUAACACAACACCACAUAAAAGCAGAAAAAAACUGAAAUUACGCUGAAGAGAUGGCGGAUAGUUCAGACCUUGAAGGGAUGCAAGAUGCUGUGUUGAUUUUCACAUCUCUUGAGAAAAAGAUUACAUAAUGUAUGUCCAUAUAAAACUUCAGGCCCACAGUAUAAACUACAGAAUUUGGUGUGUGUGCACCCAUGUCCAUCUGUAAUGUUGGUGUACAAAUGUGUGCCUGUUUUUCCAUUACACAUGCUAACUUCUCUAAACCUCCUUAACUGAUUCUCUUGUUGCUGAGUUUGACUUUUUUGAGUUUGAAAUAAACUUAAUUUUUUAUUUGAUUUGAGGUUGGUUGAAUCAAUUUUCAUAUAAAAGAACUAGUGAACGACCGAUAUAUCGGCCGAUUUUUGCGAGUUUUAUGUGUAUUGGCAUUGGCCGAUUUGUGGCUGCUGUGUUCACCGAGUUUUUCCGGCAUUAUUUACAGACAGAAAUAUAGUUUUUUAAGUUCAAUAAAUGUUACUUUUUUAAAUUGAGACUUGUAACAUUUGGCAUCAUCGUGUCAUUUUUAUAAGUAAACUGAGUGAGCAAAAGAAGUAUCGGCUCAAGAAAAUAGGCUCUCUCAGUCUGUCCGCUCUACUUUCAUCUUUCCGUCUAUGCAUGUUGGUGAUUCCUCUCUCUCUGUAGCUAUCUCUACAAAUUAACCAAAGAUAUUUACAUUUACAUUAUUAGUGUGAGCCUGCCAUGUCUACACUUAACAAUGACAUGUCAAUUUACAAUGAUACUGAUAACUAUCUGUUAUGUCAAUUAUAUAAAGCAAUCAGUCAAAGUCCCGCUUAAUUAUCGCAGAAAGUUUUCCUAGAGACCAGAGGUAGAAUCAUAUAGCCUUCAUUUAUAUCAAUAAUGAGUCAAGCUACUACUGUAUGAAUUAAUUACAUUAAUCUGGCCUAGUUCAUUUUAUCUUAGUUUGUAGUCCUAGUCAAAUCACGUACAACAUUACAGAAAUUGACUGACAAAUUAUUUGUAGCCUACUGAAAAAGAAUAUAUGUGCAGUUGAAAGUUUCUAUUUAUUAAUUAAGAUAAAGAAAUAAGUGUCAUUUUGUCACUACCGAAACAAUCACGUCACAACCGACACGUCAACAAAUGUUUCGGUUGUGACUGUUUCGGUUGUGACUGUUUCGGUAGUGACGAUUUAAGCUAACUUUGAUCCUACUGCUAAGAUGCUAAUCAGUACGUAGUUAGCUAGCACAGUUCUCGACAUUGAAACAUGAGUAAAACCUAAAUGACCAGUAGAAAAAAUAAAAAAACUGAAUUAAUCAUUGAAAAUGUGUGAUCGGUAGUGACAUUCAUAAAUGUCACACACUGAUUUCCAAACUUUUGAUCACAUUUACUUCAAAACCAUGGGAUUGAUCUAAUCACCAUGUCACCACAAGGGAGAGAGGCACAGACAAAGUUUCUGGUUAAAAAUGGAGGGGAGUGGCUUAAAGCACUAUUAUAUUAUUGACUAUGAGUGGAAGUGCUACAAUAAACACACAGAUAUGCACCAAUCCCCUGGGUGCUCCAACAAACGAAAUGGCCAAGCACAUACACACAGUUGAUUCACAUUUACUUAAUUUUGUCUUUGGUUGCUAGGAAGUGGCUUGGCAGCUGUCAAUGACAAUACUCCAAAGGCUGCAUGUCAGUUUGAUGGAUAUAAACCAAUACGACAUUCAGAUUUUAAGAUUGUUUGAGUUUUUGUUGCUUGGGUCCUGAGCAGUAGUUGCUAGAGGAAUGACUUGAUAGCUAUGAGUAUCCCGAGAGACUAAUUGAAUGUCUGAGUGAAAUGAGCCCAUUAACUUGUUCUGCAAAGAUAUCAAUCUCUGCCUUUUAUAAUGGCAGUCUAUGGGAUUGGUUGCUAGGGUGCCCAAAAUGGUUGCCAGGGCGUGACCCUAAGAGACUGAUUGGAUGCCGGUGUAAAAUGACCCCACCCACUGGUCUCUGUGACACAGAAAUGUUUUAAUUAAAAAGCCCUGUACGUCCUAGAUAAUAUAGUAGGAAAAUCCUGUAUGACCUAGAUCAGUGAUUCCCAACCGGGGGUACGCGUACCCCAGGGGGUACGUGAAGAGUUUCCAGGGGGUACGCGAAAAGAUUUACAUUUUGCUUUGAUCUCAUUUACUUUUAAUAAAAAGUAUUUCGUUUGUCCAGUCAUUGACCUACGAUUGAUUUUUGUGAUGAAAGCAUUGUAAAAAGGACAACUUUGUAAUUUUAAUCUUAUCAUUAAUAUAAUUAGCCGUCAAGAGUAAAUGCGCUGCAUAAUCCAAAACGCAAUAGCGAUGUCCAACUAUUUUUAAUGAACCUGAAUAGUUUCUAAAGACACAAAGUUUAUUAACUAUAAUUAAUGUUUAAAUAAUGUUAUAAUAUUUAUUCCCGCUGCCGUUGCAUUUUCAAAUUAUACAAAAAAACCUUUGCAUUGUUUUUGGCUAACAUAUUUUGUCCCAUAUGAUGUCUUUUGUAUUUAUAGAGAAUGCCUUAACACAUUUUGUUUCUCUUUAUAUUUAAACAGAAUAAUUUAACUUUUUUGCACACUUUAAUUAUCAGUAACUUAAAUUGAGAUUUUAGUAAAUUUAGGGCAUUUACAAAAAGGACGUGAGAGCUCAAUUCCAAAUAAGCGCCGGAGUUGAAAAUGUGCGUGUGAUUUACUACAAAGGCGCAAAUAAAAUACACAGGCACAAUAAUGACAUAAGCACAUUUCUCCAAUGACCACUGCAAUCUACUAAGAGCAGCGCAAAUAAGUACAGGGUCGGAAAUAAGAGACCUCGGCAGGACAUCGCAAUGAAAAUGCGGACUGUGGAGUAUGAAAUUCCAGCUAAGUAAAAGUACACUAUGAACCGGAGGACGAAAGAUGAAUGGUAAAAUAAGUUUUGAAAUACCUGAUUUUACUUCUCCUCGUGACUUCUCCUGCUCUUUUCUCCAGCAAAUUAAACAUAGCAUGGCAUGGCAAACUAUAUAUUUAUUUCAAGUAUGUUCCUCUGGCAAAAUGUAAUACUCUCCUCGCAUUAAUGUUAAUGUAGGAAAACUUCCACAAAUGCAUAUGCAAUAAGGUCGCAAAAAUAACACCUUUUCAGAGCUAAAUAUCUAUUGCGUGUCUUUAGUAAGUUCAGUCAUUAUUUAACGGCAAAAUGAUGGUUUGCGCAAGCUGUUAGUAAAUCUGGCCCUUAAAGGGGUCAUAUGAUGAAUUUUUUUAAUUUGUAAAAUAAGUCUUUGGCGUUCCCAGAGUCCAUAUGUGAAGUUUUAUCUCAAAACACCCUACAGAUAAUUAAUUAUAGCAUGUCAAAAUUGCCAUUUUGUAGGCCUGAGCAAAAUGUGCCGUUUUUGGGUGUGUCUUUCAAAAUGCAAAUGAGCUGAUAAAAUGCAAACACUGAUCGCAAUGGUAGUGGUUUGUUGAAAUAAACAUGCUUCAUCAGUCAGUGCUUUUUACUUUAAUGUUUAAAAUUAAUUAAUUAAUUAAAAUUAUUACUAAUUAACUGGAUAACUGCACAUGGCAGUGUAAAAGCAAAGCUCCGUCUUUGUGAAAUGUUGUUAAAUUAAGCUAAUGUUAGUAACUUUGCACAGUCAACAAUAAUGUAUCGAGCCAGCUUACGUUAUUUGUAAAAUAAUGUUAAAUACUGAUAUUCAAUCUUGUUCAACAAUCCGUUUGUUGUUUUAUCGGAUAACCAUCAUCACGAGGAAGAGUUUUCUCCGCAGCACCGGCAUUAUUGUAUCUAGUCAGAAGAACGAGCUUUCACCGAAGCAGGUAGGGUAAAUAUGGUUUCUUUAUUGACAAAUACAUGUCAAACUAAACUGAGAAGAUAUUCAUAUGGCGACUGAGCAGUCGGUUAUGUAGAUGUGUUUUUUCGUUUGCUCCGGGCUCUUAUUUGGUGUUUUGAGUCUGUUUAAAUGAUGAUAGCCUACUUUGUCAAGUCCUCAAACUUUAAACUUCGCAAGUCCUCAAACUUCGCUUAGAUUUGGGGUUAGUGUAUAAUAUUUGGUAUAAUAUAAUGUAUGUAAGAUCAAACAGUAAUGAAUUCAUACUAACGACCGACUUGAAACUAAGGAUUUGACUCGGACUUCGCUCCGCAUGGGGUUUUAAGGCCUUUUUUCUGUAGGAUAUUUUUAAAGAAGAAUUAAAAAAUAUAUAAUUUUUUACAAUGUUUUCAACUUAAAAAUACAUAUACACAUACAGAAUAGAAGUUUAGCUUGUUGUGGAUAUUUCCUAAUUAUAAGCCUUCUGUGAAAUUAUGACAAAAUGAAAAAUAUAAAACGCGCAUGUCUUAAUUAACAUAAUUUAAAUAAAUGAAUAUUCGAAUAUUUGUUCUUUAUGAGCUUAAAUAUUCGAAUAGUAAAUUACUGGAAAAUGCCCAUCCCUAACUUACACCCCAUUUCAAGAUAUGUUCUUACAGAGCUCGGAGCUAUGACCCCAAAGCUUGCGGGACCGAAAUUUGGUCCAGAUGUAAGAAUAAUAUUAUCCCUGACCAAUAACAAUAGUGAUGCUUUGUAUAAAUGCAAGCACCACUAAUAUUUGUUGUGCUUUUGUAGACAGCGUCUGUCUGUUACAAUUAACCUUGCCCAUGGCAUAAGUUGUAACAUCUGCAUUUCGGUCAAUUUUGGGACAAUUGCACAAGAACUAUAUGUGAAGAUGUGUAUGUUAAAUAUGACUAAUUCUAACUCUGUUUU